AUGAUCACCCUCCUCCCCGGCUCUACCUGCGACAUCGGCGCGGAAGAAUUCUCCGCGCACCGUCCGCCCUACACUCUACCAUGCGGACAUGUACUCUGCCGCGCUUGUUGCGACGCGAUCGUCGAGAAGAGUCCACCUCGUCUCGAACCCGUAUGCCCCUUCUGCCGCGAGGCCUUCAAGGCAUCCGACCCACGCGUCGUGCGGGUGGACUGGUCCGUGAUGCCGCGAUCCCAGUCCGUCGCGCCACCCAUCAACGACAACCCGACGCGUAUUCCCAGUCUUUCUGGUAACAUCUGGAAGGAGCACAGUCACCCCUCGGAUAACUCACGCGGGCGCCCAGAGGCCCGACAACUGGAAGACAAGGUCGCCAAGUUGGCGGCUACGAAGACCUCCGUGGAGGCGAUUCAGAACCUGCUGGCGGACCUGGAUCACUGGCUCCUGCACGCCAAGCGUGACAGCUCGGUAAGCGCGCAUAUAUGCCCUUUCAUCUCGAUUAUUCCUGACAAGUUUGCAGUCCACGUCGCUGUCCCUGUCGGCUGCGUUAUUGCGCGCCAUCCUCAUGAACCAUCUGGCACACUCCGAGGCGAUGAAGCACGCGAGGACGGUGGAGGCGAACCUGAGGGGCGAGGUUGA